CAAGCAAAACCCUAGAACUCAAAGAGCCGCUUCCUGAAAAUCAAAUUGAAACAUAGACGAACAAAAAAUGACGCAAAAGGGAAAUCUUUUCAAAGGCCAACAGAAAAAGAAAUCUAUCCCUCCAAAUCGCCAUGGAAAGCUCUCUCAAACACGCAAAGGGAAGAAAGUGGUGAAGCCCUCGAAGGUGACAAAAGAGAUGGAUGCUGACCGGGAGCUGAGCAAGUUUAUUAAUCACUGCAAUGAGGUUAAAGCUGCUACUGUUGCUAACAAAGAUGGAGGUCAGUUAAGUAUUGUCAAACCGCAACUAGAUUCAUCGAGCAAUGCAAAGAAGUAGAUUUUGAGGCUAUUACUGCUUUGAGGAUGAUGUUGCUUAAUGCAGUAGAUAUUUUGACAGUUCCCAUAUAUCAGAGAAGUCUGUUUUGGUACAUUGUACCUGUGGUUUUAACUAAUUUGUGUGUUUACAAUGUGCAUGAUUGCGAGGGGGGAAUCUGUAGUAUUAACUGUUAUGGAACUAAAAAUGAUAAAAUUUUGUCCUUUGUACUCUUCAAUAAUGUUUAGUAAAAAAUACAUUUGUUUUAACUGCCA